GAAAGAAAACAUUUAAUACAUGUGGUUUCAAACUCAAUUACCUUUGUAUUCACAUUUGUGCAAAGAGUUGCAGGAGCAUGACAUGGCAUCCAUGUAGGAUCCUGUCCUUGACUUUGAGAAGCAACUCCUGACUACCCACAAAUACAUCACAUAACCCCACUCACAAAAAACAAAAAAACGACCAAAACAUCCCCCUAUAUGACCUCAAGACUUAAGAAGACGAAUUUCUGGAUUUUGUUACAACAGUUUUUCAUUGUACAGAUAAGUUUUAACGUGUGCUGCUUGUUUUGAGGGAGACAUGUUCAUUCUACCACUUCAUGUGGAUUUUUUUAGCCCCUCCUCUUCGUCCGCCAGGCAGACACCUUUCCUCUGUGGUCCUCCAGCGUUUCUUACCUUCUUGUCGCUCCUCUUAGCCUCGUUGUCUGGCUGUGAACUCUCACCCCAGCUGCUUGGGAAAUGUCAUACAGGCAGAGGCCCGUGCUGCAGUAGGGGGGCGUAAUAGGAGGAAAAAAAAAUAAUAAGAUUUUUACCGCUCUCACUGCAUCAUUUAUCCGCGUCUCUGCCGUGCAAGUGCCACAUCCCGCUAACAGCAGCAGCCGCCGAUAACUCACUGCAGUCUCAAUGCUCAUCUCGCAUUAUGGCUAAAAUUUAGGAAAAAAAGAAAAAAAAAAAUCCGUGCCAGACAUGGACCAUGCCAUUAAUCUUUUCUUGAAGAUGUCAGUCCAGCAGACUAACUGGUUUGUGAUGCAGCUGCCCAGUCGAAGAUCCUGGGAUUGAGCAGUGAAUACCUUUACACUGAUGGCCUGGACUGAGUUUCAGCUGGCCUGCUGAAGCUAUGGGGAGCUGCUGGAGCUGUCUGUACAGAGACCCCAUCCGAGACAACCAUCUCACCAAAUUUAAGGUCAUCAAUGUGGAUGAUGAGGGAAAUGAGCUGGGCUCUGGCAUCAUGGAGCUCACCCAGACUGAGCUCAUCCUUCACACGCGCAAGAGAGACGCCAUCCGGUGGCCGUAUCUCUGCCUGCGUCGCUACGGCUACGACUCUAACCUGUUUUCUUUUGAGAGCGGCCGCCGUUGUCAAACGGGGCAAGGAAUCUUUGCAUUCAAGUGUUCCCGGGCAGAAGAGAUUUUCAAUCUGCUCCAGGAGCUGAUGCAAUGUAACAGCAUCAAUGUGGUGGAGGAGUCAAUGAUGAUGAGUCGCAGUGGCCACACACCAGAGAUGGACAUGUCUCGCGCUCCACAGACUCCCAACACUCCAGCAUUUCCCGUCCAAUCUUUUCCCAAUGGAUACCCUGGUUACCCAGUUAGAGGUGAUUCCUCACAACCCGCUCUUACUGAUGAUCACGGACAUAGCCUCAUGGGUCUGGAAGACCAGACCCACACCUAUGUAAAUACUGUGAGUAUGGAGGGGGACCUUUCCAUGCGUCACUGUGUACAUUCUCUGCCUGAGGUGCGACCCAGCACUUUCCCUGAAACAACAAGGGGAGCCAUGCCUGUCGGGGGCCAAGGGAACCCGCAGUCCAACCUGCGGUGCUGUCCCCUUGAGGAGCAUAAAGACCCUCAGGUGUUCUUACAACCAUCCUCACAGGAGGCCAAGUUCAUGCUCGGCCCUACUCCAGUGCAGCGCCAUCUGCUGGAGAGGGAGAGACAUGGGCACAAUCCUCACAACCUUCAGCCAGUAGAGGGGGCAACAGGCUCAGAGACGGAAGCAGAUGAGCCCUCUAUGCACCUGUGCAAUUCUCAUUCCUAUCAUCAUUUCCAUCACCACACACACCGACAUCCGGGUCACGAGCACCCAGACAGCUGCCAGAGUGAUGAACUCACCUAUGAAAACAUCAAUGGCCUACGGAGUGCCCGCAAGCAGCGUCUGAGCCCCAGCAGCAUGUCUCAGUCUGUGGGUUCAAGCAGUAGCAGCAGCACUGGGGACAGCCACUCACAUUCGCUCUUGCACCCACUUUCCCAUGGCCCAUCAUCUCUACCCCCACAGGGAUAUGCCUGUGACAGGGGCAUGGGCGGAGGUCAUCGUCGGACAGCUCUUCUUAAUUAUGAGAACCUGCCCUCCCUGCCACCGGUCUGGGAGUACAGUGCUCUGCAGCGAGAUGAUGAGCAGGAAGAGGACGACGAAGAUCAGGAUGAUGAGGACUAUGAGGAGGAAGAGGAGGACUUUGAUGAAUAUGAGUUCUCAGAAGGUCCUGGGACACCCAACGGGUACCACCAGGAAAGUCGAGGUAUCCACAGAGAUGCUCUUCAGAACUAUGUUAACACAGAACAGGUCCAGCCUUCCCAGCUUCGACACGCCUGCCCCCCACAUCCACGACCGUGUCAACCUGACAGAGGAGGGCGAAUAUUUAGCUUUGAUUUCCGCAGACGUUCACGUUCAGGGGUUGGAAGCUGUGAACACAGCCACAUGCCUCCGUCGCGGCAGCUGAAUUAUAUCCAGGUGGACCUGGAGGGAGAACCUCCCUGUCAAGCCCUCAGCAGCGGGGGUGCCCAACCACAGCACCAGCGCCUACCACCCAAAAAAUGCGGUCCACAGGCACCCCGGCGCAGUGAAUGCUACGCAGUAAUUGACCUGAAGAAGACUGCUGCCAUGUCCAACCUGCAGAAAGCGCUGCCCAGGGAUGAUGGGACUUCCAGAAAGACUCGCCACAACAGCACAGACCUGCCUCUGUAAACUGAGUUCAAACUGAAGAGGAAUGAUGAAGACAGAUGAAGGCUUAUCCUCAUCUUAGCACACUGGACCCUUCACUGUCAUCCAUCCAUUCAACUGUCGGGCUGAGUAACCCAGUACAGGUACCUAAAUAGAAACUUACAGAAACUUAUUUGUGCAUAUAAAAGGAAAUGAGAAAUCUCUGAGAAUAAUUAGCUGUUUUUUCAUUUUUAGUUUUUAUUUAUUGGAUAUUUGUUCUAGCUGAAGCAGAAAACCUCAGUUUUUACCAAAAUUAUUUACACUUACAAACAUUCUAACUCCUUUCGUUUAUACACUUUACAUUCAUAUUUUUUUUCUUUGAGAUAAAUACUCGGUACAUCAGAGUAGCAGCCCUUAUUACUGAAGAGUAGUUGCUGGCAUGAAGGAAGAGUUAAUAGUUCCUCCAAGGGACUGAGCAGUGUUCAUACCUCAUCACAAGCACGCAAGUCUAAUGUUGUGGCUAGUAGAAAAGACCAUUAUUUGUUACUGUAUGCCUAUACAGCAUUUUGCACACAAUCCUAUUGAAUUGUAUCAAAUCAUAUUUUGGAAAUUGUUUCGUCCAAUCUGAGACAAAAAAAGGGAGGGUGUUAAAUGAAUAAUGGAUUGAGAUAUUUGGAGAAUCAUAAGAAUGAAUAGUGGUAAAAGUAGCACAAAUAAAUGAGUUGCAGCUCUCUUGUGUCAACAUGCAGAAUUCUAAAAAAGUAGCAUAUCAUCUUUGAUCACACCUCCUGCAUAUCAUCCCAGACCUGCGGGGUGGGGGUUCAAGCUCGUCACGUUGCACUUUUGACCCUGGGCCACUAAAAUGCUCUUUGUCACCAGUCCCAGUCCCAAAAUAAAUAAGUGAAUAAAUAGGGCCAAAUGGACGCUUGUACACAGCAAUGUUGACAGGCUUUUUUUUUUUUUUAAAUGUUCUUGAAGCUUAAUAGUGGUGUUAAGCUAUAACCUGUGCUGAAUAUGUAAUUUGUCAGUUAUCAGGUGCGAAUGGUCUGUUUUUAAAGGAUAAUGCAGCAUGAUGCAAAGUCAUGUUGAGCGGCUAUCAGUUUGUCUUAGUCAAAUAUUUAUUUAUUUAUUUCAUGUUUAUUUAUUUAUUCUUUUUAAAAGAAUUGUGCUAGUUUUGUUUUCCUCCAUAAAUGACCAGCGUUUUUAGUCCAGUUGGUAAUUUGGAGACCAAAGUUUCACCUCAAAUUAUCACUGGACACCAGUGUAUUACUGUUAUUACUGUGCUCAAAUUUAUUUUAAAAAGAGACUGUAUUUAUAUUUUAAGUGCCAAAAUGUAAUUGCCAUCUUUAAUAAGAGUAAAAUCAAACGUGCCAUCAGGAUUUCUGGAAAACUUAAAGGAUGGAAAGGCAUAAGAUGAGAAGUGUUGGGGGGCAAACUUUAAAAAAAAAAAAAGAAAAGAAAAAAAAAUCCAGCUUUUUAUGAGUAAUACGGAUAAAAAUAAUGACUGCACAUUCCACCUCAUUCACAUCGACGGCUAUUUUGGAGGGAGAUGUGAGAAUCUUAUCUUGUAGUCUGAUAAUCACUGUUAGGGUGGUUUUAUGCUGCUAUGUGUACAUACUAACAGUAGCCCAUGCUAGCUACAGGUACUUGUCAAAAUGAAAAAUGGCGUGAUGUCAGAUCUUUUACCAUAUUGCUAAUACAAGUAGUAUUGUUGUUCUUCUGAUUUUUUUUUCUGAGCAGCAGAAAUGUUAUGUACCAUUUCAGAGAAUGUUUCAUCCGGUCAAAAUUUCACUACAUUUUUUUUUUUCUUCUUCUUCCUACUAAGCUGGCUGGCAGAGUAAUGGUAACACAGGCCCACUGAUGGCAUCUUCUUUUUAAUUGGGCGCUCACAUUAGCUUGGUCUUCAAAGCCACUCGAGGAGAGACAGAUGUAUUAGAUUUACACACAUGCAGGCCUUCAAAUGCAGAUGUAUUGUGGCGUUUGGCUCAAGUUGAUCUUUGUUUUUUUUAAACAUGACAUAAGUAUAAAUUCUCUACUUCUGACAUUUUUUUGGCUUCUGUGUAGAAUGAUGUUGAAUUUUAAAGUAGGUGAAGAUUUGAUUUAUACAUUAUUGUCAUCAAAGAACAAAAAAAGGUUACCAUCAUGGUUUUUCUCAUGUUUGAUGGACAAAGUAUGUUUGGGGAAAAAAAGAUUGGACUCUAUUUGCUAGGGUCUACCAAAUUGCAGGCAUAUUAUAGCUUUAAAAAAAUAAAAUAUUAGACAUUCACAGAGCAAGAGGUCAGAUCAAUGAUGGCAAAUCUUCAGUAAAACCAUUUUUCAGAGGGCAGCUGAGUGAACAAGAGUGGGAAAAGAUGCAUGUCUUUCACAAUUUUGCCUGCUCACCUGCAGCACCUGGACUGGUAAAUGUCCUCCAGAGGGGGCACAGGGAGACAAAUUAUAGCCCAGACAAUCUUUACAGAAGGCUCCUCCUUCAGCUCUCAAACCAUGAUGUAUAUAACUAAGCUUAUAAAAUAGUAACUGUAAUUUAAAGCAGCAUUUUAAUGAUCUGAUUAUCAAUUAAAUUCUCAACACAGAAGCCUAAAAAAAACCCUGUAUCAGAAGUAUAAAAGUUUUUUUUUUUUUUUUUUUUUUAAAGCCAACUAGCAGCUACCAUUUGUGAGCAAGACAUUGCUGGACAGAGGGAUGUUUACAUUUUCGCAAUAAUGGGAUGAACUAUUGUUAUGUUGAUCUAAAACGGACCAAUCUGUGAAGUGUGAAAUUUAAAUAUUAGUCUGUAGAGCCGUGGGCUUAAUGUGUUUUAUCCCCUGUUUCUCUGGUUUCAGGUACAACGUUUACUUUUCAACCUUCAUGGAGCAAAUUUAACUAUGAAAGUACUAAAAAAGAAAGAAAAAAAAAAAAAAAAGAAACUUGUUUUCUUGAUUGUCAGUGAACUUGCAUUGACAGUGACAUACAAUAUGUAACCAUUGCCAGUGCUUAUGUAAGAUUUUAUUCUAUUACAUCUUUCAGAGCGGUGGCGGUAUUUCAUUCCGGGAUCAGUAUGUGGUACAUGUAAUUUCUCCGAGUAUUGUUACAUGUUGCUUUAUGGUCAUUUAAAAAUGUGUCAACUAUCUUUGUUAUGAAAUGGUAACCUCACACCAACUGAAUCACUUUUUACAGCAUCAUUACCAGCUAUUUUUGUGUUUACUGACUGAUAAUCAGAAUAAAUAGAUACAUGAAUUAGUAGUUUUUUCAGAUUAUUCAGCUCCUAGCCGUUACGUGAUCUUAUUCCACUUGAAGUUCAAAUGAAGUGCAGCUCUCAUCUCAGUACUCAUUGUGACUAGAUUUGCAUGCUGUUUCAAGCGUUCGAUUUUCACCUUCGGUGUUUAUGCUCGAGGCCUGUUUCACACAGGUGUUGAGGAGCUUGUUAAGCACCGAUAAUAAGUAUGAUUAGUUCUGUUGAUGUAAUCUGCAGGGCAAGUAGCCACAAGUCCAGAUAACGACUCCUGUCAUUAACUUCACCAGCUUUGAAUUUACUGAAGGGGUUGUUUAACAAAAGGGCUUGCUCUGUGUUUACUGCUCAUACGUGACUGUGUAUCAUGUCCUUUCAGAGAAAUUUCUCACUGUGCCUUGCAUAUUCAAGCUGGAGAAACAUUGUCACUGCUGUAUAUGAGGGCAGCCUGUUGUCAAAAUGUAAAAUCAGUGCCUGUUAAAGAUUUGAGGACUGAAAGGUGAAGUUGUGUUGUAAUCUGAAAAUGUGCCAACUGUAACACGUAUUGUCCUAACAAUGU